GAACGUUAUGAGGCAUGAAAAAAGGUUCGCGAUUCAGUUGGCAUCAGGCUUUUGUUCAUGAUUCUUAUCUUGCUGCCCAUUUCCUCUUUUCCAUUCUCUUCUGUGUUGAAUUUGAUCAUAUUUCACAAUGUCGAAUGAGAAAGAUCCCAAGCGCUUCUCGCUUCCAGCUGCCCUCCCCACGAUUCGCUCUCGAAUUAUAGAGCACAUGCAUUCACCCAAGAACGAGAAAGAGAAGGACACCGAAAGCGAGAAGGAAAUAGAAAAUGAAGUUUUUGAUUACAUUGUCGUCGGUGGUGGAACAGCAGGUCUCACAAUCGCGACUCGACUUGCCGAAGACCCCGCCAUAAGUGUGGCUGUCAUUGAAGCGGGGUCAAAAUGGCAUCCUUUCGCAUCUCUAGCAGAGUCAAUUCCCGCUGCAGAUGUUCUGUUUGUUGGAACCAAAGAGAAAUUUCCUGGUCUUGAUUCUCUAAUAAACAAAAUUCCGAAAGCAAAUCUGCUGCCUGCUGGGAUUAGAGCGAAUCUUUCUAGUGUUGAUUGGGGCUUUCAUACUGUACCUGAUCCUGCCUCGGGGAAUCAAAGAAGGUCAUAUGCGAGGGGAAAAUGCCUUGGUGGCGGUUCCGUUCGCAAUUUCAUGAUAUAUCAAAGACCGACUGUACAGUCACUCGACAAGUGGGCCAAUGAAGUGGGAGAUAGAUCAUGGGCAUACGAUAAUUUCCUUCCAUACUACAAGAAGAGUGUAGACUUCACACCCCCUGGACCCAGUCGCGAUGGAAAUACAUUAUACAGCCCGACAGCCUUCGAUGGCAAAGCUGGACCUCUCAAUGUCUCUUAUCCUAACUUCCCACAGCUGUUCUCGGAGUAUAUGAAAGCUGGGUUACACGAGAUUGGGAUACCUACUGCUACUGACUUCAACAGCGGCACCCUGAAUGGCUCUCAAUACUGCAGUACAACUAUUAAUGGCAAAUCGGAGAAGAGAGAUUCAUCCGCGACCUCAUUUUUAAAGUCUGCAAUGGGAAGUGGGAGGACAAAUCUCCAUGUCUUUUCAUCCACGUUGGCGAAACGGAUUCUGUUUGAUAACGACAAAAAGGCCGAUUCCGUCAUUGUGGAAUUCAAAGGCGAGGAACGAGCUUUGAAAACAAGGAAGGAAAUCAUCAUCUCAGCAGGCGCAUUCCAAUCACCGCAACUCCUCAUGGUCUCUGGUAUCGGUCCAGCAAAGCAUUUGCAGGAAUUCAAUAUUCCGGUGAUAGCUGACAGACCAGGUGUGGGACAAAAUUUGCAGGAUCAUAUCUUCUUUGGUCCUGCGUACCGAGUCAAGGUUACAACGCUCACGAAGCUUGCGAAUAACCCAAUCUACCUGAUCAAGAACUUGAUUCAAUACUUCAUCAGACAUACUGGUCCAUUCACUAACAACGUAGCCGACUUCCUCGCUUGGGAGAAAGUUCCUCAAGAACUGCGGCCAACACUGGGAGAAAAAGCUCUCGAAGAACUCUCGCAAUUUCCUCCCGAUUGGCCAGAAAUAGAAUACUUGUCUGGAGCUGGCUACGUUGGAGAUUGGUCAGGUCUCCUCUUCAAACAACCAAGAGAUGGCCAUCAAUACGCCACCAUCCUCGCAGCCCUCGUCGCGCCCCUCUCCCGCGGUUCAGUAACCCUCUCUUCAAACACAACCUCCACCCUCCCACACAUCAACCCCCGCUACCUCUCCUCCCCAACCGAUCAAGCAGUCGCAGUCGCAGCCUACAAACGCGUCCGCCAAGCCUUCUCCACGCCUUCCCUAUCCAACAUCGUCGUCGGCGAUGAAUUCUUCCCCGGCAAGGACGUAGAGACCGAUGAGCAGAUUCUGGAGUGUGUAAAGGGAAGUUUGCAAACGGUUUGGCAUGCGAGUUGUACUUGUAAGAUGGGGAAGGAGGCGGAUGAGAUGGCGGUGCUGGAUGAGAGGUGUAGGGUUAGGGGUGUGCAGGGUGUGAGGGUUGUGGAUGCGAGUUCGUUUCCGUUUUUGCCGCCUGGGCAUCCGCAAAGUACUGUUUGUGAGUUUUCUUUUUCCUUUGACUGGCUGGUUUGAGAGUUGGCUGACGUGACUAGAUGCGCUUGCGGAGAGAGUUGCGGAUUUUAUUAAGGCUGGGGAGUGAGGAGCACAUUUGGGUUGUUAAGUUGGAAGAGCUGUACAGUUGUGAUGUAUUUCUUUUCAGUGGCAGAUACCAUGAUUUAUGUCAUCAAUGUCGAAUUUCUCGCGGCUUUUCCCCUCAGGUAUAUCUCCUUGGUUGCUCGUCUCUAACGUCGUCCUCAGCAGCAGUGCAUGGAUACAACCA